AUCUUUCCUCGAUCAAUCUAGUACGAAUCGCACUGCUUCUCUCGACAGUCUGCAUCUAUUUCGAAACUCAAUACUAUCGAACAUUCCAAACCUAAUCUAUCACGAAAAAGUUACGGUCGUCUUUGUAAUAUUUCAGCAAUAUUUUGCACAUCUCGUACUUCUUCGAUUGCAUGAAGAAUAACUGUUAAAAAACGAAACGAGAGAAAAUUGGAUAUGGAGGAUCAAAACAAAGACGAAGAAAUGAAGAAGAAUCCGCUCAAGCAUAUGUGUAAUUACAGUUUUUUAGAGGAAGAGGAUGGAGAUACAGUCGAUUCCAUGAAUAUUACACCAGUACAAGCAAUUGUCCACCAUCAUAAAUCAAGUUCAUCUUGUCGAAGAGAAAAACAUACCGAAAGAAGAAAUCACAGCAAUGAGAAGGAACGCAAAUCGCAUCAGCAUGAAUGCAAAGACAGGUACAGAGACGAGUAUAAACAUCACAGACAUAUUGAAGAGAACUUAGAAGAGUUUGUGCAUGUAUCUCAGCAACAAAUUAGUUCUUAUCAAGAAAAUGAACAGUUUUUAUCGCGUCUAUACACAUCAAAACAAGAGUUUUUAAAAGAAUAUAGACGGCUCUACCUUGGAACAGGAAAAGCCGAAGAGCUUUAUCUCCUGAUUUUAACAAAACUGAAAAAGGCCAUAUCAGAGGGUAAUAUUAAUACCUUCAAAAAAUUAAGCAAUUUAAUUGGUUAUACAAAAGAUGCAGAAGACCAAAUAACUUUGAGAAAUUAUUAUGCUCAUGCUAAUAAUCCUAUUAAAAAUACUAAUAUAGUCAUCUUAGCUUGUAAACACAACAAACUAGAACUUCUAGAGUGUCUAUUUGACAGUGAUAAUAGAAUCUUAAAUUAUUUAUCUAUUGAUAUCACAAGAACUAACAUAUUACCAGAUGACAGAGAUGAAGAAUAUCAUAAUGCAUUUUAUUAUGCUGUACGUUCAGGUAACGUUGAGCUUCUUAAUACCCUAAUCAAUAAAUGGCCGGGUAAUUAUUUUUCUGAUUUGAGAGAGUUGGAUACAAUUCUUUCAAAAGCUUAUGAAGAAUUGAAAUUGAAGAAUAUAUCCUUGUCAGACAAAAUGGAAAUUUUUGUUGAAAAUAAAUUAAUAGAUCUCCGUUUCUUCUCUAACGCUUCAAGACAGGGGCAAAGUUUCAGGACUGAUCUUAAUAAUAUCAGAGAACGAAUUGAAUUAAUGCUUCAAAACAUUAGCUUACUAAAAAGAGAUUACUUAGACGCGGAAGAAGUAGAUGAAAGCUUUUUAUUUGUAGCAAAGUUUAUUGCAAAAAAUAUUCAUAUAUUAAAACGGCAGUUAAAAUCAACUUAUAAUAGAUUACCUUGGGAAGAAAUAGAAUUCUGUUUAGUCAGUUUUAUUUCUUCUCACAUAAAACGACAAGAGAUUAAUCUAUUUUAUCGUUCUACAUUAAAUAAAAGCAAAAUAUUAAAUCAUUUAGAAAAUUUUGCAGAAAAAGUUAAAGAAUAUAUUAUAGAAGGGAAUAAUGUACAUAUUGAUACAAUUGCUGAUCUUCCAAACGUAAAACGUGAAAAGAUUAUUGCAGAGAUUAUUGACAGUUACCCUCAAUUCGGAGAAUUGUAUAACGAUUAUCAACAACUUAGGGAUAUUCAGUCUUUAGAGAAAAUAAGUGAUCAUGUGAAGUUAGCAUUAUCAGUUAAUUGUAAAGAAAGAGAAGGCCAGUUAAUUAUUACAAGGGUUUUACAAGUUAUUGGUGAGCAUUUAAAAAACACUUUAGAGUCUCCUAAGUUAUCUAAUAUUAUAAGUGAACAUCUGCUAUUAUCGUUACUAAAAAAUACAAAAAAAAUAAUUAUAGACUUACGCAAUUCAUUAUCACAUGCUUAUUCACUCUUCAAGAGAACAGAGAUAGAGGAAAAUAAAAAUUUGAAUUUUUUUAUAGGUAUUCAAAAUGAUAUUAAAAAAGUUGGUGAUGUAAUUACUAAUAUUCUUUACAACAACAAAAUCAAAAUAAUCAGAAUACUUCUAAAAAAGAUUAUUAAUAGUGACAAUUUAGAUGAAAUAAAAGAGUUUGUUGAAGUGCUUGGUACUGUUAAAUUGGAUAAAAUGAUGUCGGAAAAUGAAAAUUUUAAAAAGAUACAACACAAGACACUUGAAAAUCUCAUUACAGAAGUGAGCGAUAAUAUAUCUGAUAAGACAGCUUAUGAACAAGAUUUGAUCGAUCAAAUUAAGAAUAUAAUUAAUUCUGCUGAUAUCCAAUUAAAACAUAUUACAAAUAAUUACAUUAGAGGAUUUCUGUCAUUAAAGAUCUUAAGUAUGUUAUUUAGUGAAAAAAUUGUUAAUCACAACAAUAUUACAGGAAUAAAAUUUUAUAUUUAUGAAAUAAUAGACAAUAUGGCUCUACAAGUAAAAUCUCAUAAUUUUAAAGAAAUUGCUACGUUAUCAAUGAAACUUUUUGAUAGUGUUGGGUCAAAAAUACAACCCGAAGACUAUUAUAACCCGUGCAGCUUAAUUUGGGUGAACUUUGAUAAAGUGAGCAGACUACUUUGGGAAAUUUUUUCUAUUGUUGAAUUGGCAACAGACGACAUGGAAUGGAUCAAAAAAUUAAGAGCGGAGUUAAAUAAAAAAGGUGCUUUUCCUAUGUAUAAACAAGAAAAAACUUACAAUGUUACAGAAGAAAAAUAUAAUAACCAACUUGCGCUAAAACUAUCUGAACUGAAAAAUAUUUUAAGCAAUAAUUUAUUAAUUAAUGGCCAAUUAACUGAAACAUUCCCUAUUUAUAAGAGCGAUGAAAAAUUGCAAGCAGUAGUAGAAAUGCUUGUUUUGGAUAUAAUGUCAAUUUUGGAGCUAAAGAAUUCCCUGGAAAAUAACCUACUUUUUUUAGAUGAUAAUAUUCCUUUAUUAAAUGGAAAAUGUUUACGUAAUCAUUUAGCACAUGGUAAUGCAUUAGUAGAUAUAUUAUUAUCUGAACCUUCAACAACAGUUGUUUUAAACGCUACAAAACUUGUCGAAGUAAAUAUAAUGGGGAGUAACAAAAAAAUUGGCAAAUUAGUGAGUGAUGAUCCUUCCAAACUGAGAGAGAAAUGCAAUCAAGGCUUAGAUACCAUUACUAAUCAAAAAAGACUGUUCGAUGCUUUGCAAGAAGGAAAUUUUGUAAGCUUGAAAGUUUGCCUCAGAGGAGGAGCAGAUAUCAAUGCUAGAAAUAUUGACUUAUGGACCACAUUGCAUUUUGCUGCUAAGGGAUAUAGUCUUAAAGUUAUAAAAUUUCUUCUUGACCAAAAUUUAAGCCUUAAUGUUAAGGAUAUUAAUGGCCAAAGCCCACUGCACAUUGCUGCUGCAUAUGGAAGAAAAAAUAUUGUGGACUUCUUCGUAAAAGAAGCAGGUUUAUAUGUUGAUGAUGUAGAUAAUAGUGGCAAAACACCACUACAACUUGCAGCUCGAAAUGGUCACAAGGAUACUGUCAAGGUUCUAUUAGAAAAUGAAGCUAAUACUGUUACCAAAGAUGUGUUUGGUCUUUCACCUUUACACUAUGCAAUAAGAAACAAUCAUAUUGACAUUGUUAAAAUUCUACUAACAAAAGAUGCUAAUGCUGACCUUAUUGAGCUUACGAGUGGUUUUACUCCAUUACAUGUAGCUGCAGAAAUGGGUCACUUGGAGUUAGUUUAUUUCUUACUUGAAUACAAGGUAGAUAUUAACGCUAAGAAUAAUACAGAUUGGACACCAAUACAUGUGGCAGCUCUCAACGGCCACCUGGAAAUAGUAAACGCUUUAAUUUCGGAGGGAGCUGAUGUUAACGCUAGUGUUAUCGAUGGUCAUACCCCAUUACAUUAUGCAGUAAAAGCCGGUCACGAGAAGAUAGCUAGCAUUCUAUUGAAACAUGGAGCUAAUGUUAAUGCCGUUGACAAAACAUAUAAUAAUACAGCUUUACACUAUGCAGCAAAAGAUGGGCACGAGGGAAUCGUUAAGACUUUACUGAAACAUAAAGCUAGUGUUAAGACUGUUGACGGUAUAACUCCACUACAUUUGGCAGUACAGAAGGGCCAUUUGGGAAUAGUGACUAUUCUCCUCGAACAGGGUGUUAACAUUCAUGCUAAAGAUAAAAAUAAUGAUACACCAUUACACUAUGCAGUAGAAAGUGGCCAUAUGGAAGUUGUUGAACUUUUAAUAAAAAAUGGAGCAGAAGUUAAUGCUAAAAACUGUAUUGAUGAAACACCACUACACGUAGCUGCUCUGAACGGGAAUUAUAGUAUUAUUGAUCUUCUGAUAAAAAAUAAAGUCGAAGUUAACGCUCAAGACUUUCACGGUAAUACAGCCAUACAUGAAGCUGCCAUGAAUGGUAACAUAGAUGUUAUUGAUCUUCUAAUAAAAAAGAAAGCUGAAGUAAAUGCUAGAAGGAAUGACGGCAUUACACCGUUGCAUCUAGCUACUCGAAAUAACCAUAUAGAUGCUAUUGUUUUUCUAAUAGAAACUGGAGCCGAAGUCAAUACAACAGACAUUGCAGGUGAUACACCAUUACAUGUGGCUGUGGAAGCAGGUCAUAAAGAAAUCGUAGAGAUUUUGCUAGCAAAAGGAGCUAAUAUUAAUACCAAGUGUAACAAUCCGCCAUUACUUUCUGCAAUUAAAAAUAAUAACAAAGAAAUUGCUGAAAUUCUUAUAGCAAAUGGAGCUAAUGUGGACGAAGAAAGUAGUAAACCUUUAUUACUAGCAGUGUCUACUGGCUAUACAGAUGUUGUAGAAAUUUUGCUAAAAACUGCAGCUGUUAAUAUAAAAGGUCCUGGAAACAUUACUGCAUUACAUCUAGCUGCCACAAGAGGUCAUAAGGAUAUAGUGAACGCUUUGAUAAAUGGUGGAGCUGACUCUGAUGCCAGAAUGGUCAAUAAUGUAACACCAUUAUGUGGUGCAGCACAAGAAGGUUAUAAAGAAAUUGUUGAGAUUUUGAUAGCAAGUGGAGCUACUGUUAAUGUUCAAUCUAACUAUGGAGUAACGCCAUUACAUGAGGCAGCCGUACUUGGUCACAGUAAUGUUGUAAAAGUUUUACUAAAUGAAGGAGCAAAUUUUAAUAUUAAGGACAUUAAGAAUAGAACAUCUUUAGAAUUAGCAGUGGCACAUGGUCAUUUAGAAGUGGUUAAAACGUUUCUUCAAUACCGGAUAGUAGAUAUGAAUACUAAGGGUAACGAUAAUUGGACAAUAUUGCACAUUGCUUCACAAGAAAGUAAUCUGGAUAUGGUGAAGUACUUAGUAGAUAAUGGAUCUGACAUAAAUGCUAAAAAUGCCUCUGGCUUAAAGCCCAUGCACAUUGCAGCUAGAGAAGGUCAUAAAGAUACUGUAGAGUUUUUCCUUAGUAAGGGAUUAAAUAUUAACGAUCCUGGUGCAGUUAAUCAGACAUUAUUGCACUAUGCUGCAAUGAAGGGUCAUUUAGCAGUUGUGAAGUACUUAAUAGCGCAAGGUGCUGAUGUUAAUUCUCAAGAUAAAAAUGGCGUAAGUCCUAUGCAUAUUGCUGCUACUUUUGGCUAUAAAGAUGUAACUGAAAUUUUACUAAAAAAUGGAGCAGUUUAUAAUUUUGGCAAGCUUUAUAGUAAAUUAUUAGUAUGGGCUGGUAACAAAACCGUUAUUAAUCUAUUAGCCUCAACUAAGAAAUUAUUUAAGGUUAUAAAACAUAAUAAUUUUUCAGAUGUUGAGAUAUAUAUCAAAAUGGGAGCGUUUAUUAAUGCCAAAAACGGUAAAGGUGGAACACCAUUACAUUAUACUGCAUGGAAAGGCUGUGACGAAGUUGUCAGUAUUCUUUUAGAAAAUAGGGCUGAUCCUAAUGCAGUUAAUAAGAAGGGAUUUACUCCUCUACAUUAUGCUGCAAAGUUCUCUCACUUAAAAGUUGUAAAGGCCUUGUUAGCUAAUGGCGCGGUAUAUAAUGCUCUCUCCGACAAUGACAAAACGCCAUUAAAUUUUACUGUAGAUAAAGAUAUAAUUAGUUUAUUUCAAUUAGUGAAUGACUCAUUUACAAACAUUGAAAAUGAUAACUCUGAAGUUAUUAAUGAUCUUAAUAAAAUAAAGGAUGUUGAUACAAUAAAAGCCAUUAUGGGUGCUCAUAAUAGAGAAAACAAAACGCUAGUAGUUGCUGCGAUGCAUAGUAACUUUUCGAAACUUGAACAAUUGAAACAGAUAUCUCAAGGAUCCUCCCAGAUUAAUAAAGCUUUAGCACUCAUGAAUCAGAACAAUUAUCAAGCGGCCUUAAAUAUUUUCAAAAGCGCAUUUGAAAAGAGAAAAGAAAUACUAGGACCCGAUAAUCCUGGUACUUUAGAUAUUCAGGCAUACAUAUCUAAAGCAUUAUACGGACAAGGAUGUUACCAAGAAGCUUUAAAUACAUUUGAGGAAAUUUUUCAGAAACAGAAAGAAAUCCUGGGUUUAAAUAAUACGGACACUUUAAAUACAAGAAGUACAAUUGCUCUAAUGCUGCAUGGACUAGGAAAAAAUGAGGAAGCGUACAAUAUCUAUCAAGAAGUCUAUCAGAAGCAAACCGAGAUAUUAGGAUCAAAUCACUCAGAUACUUUAGAGACGCAGUUUCAUAUGGCACUAGUAUUGGAUGCACAAGGAAAAUACGAAGAAGUCUUAAAUAUCAAUAGGAUAAUUUUUGAAAAAAUAAAGAACAUGUCAGAUACGGCAAACGCGGAAAAUGCUGUGCAUGCUCAAAAUAAUAUGGCGGUGUUAUUGUGUAAGCAGGGUAAAUACGCAGAGGCAUUGGAGAUUUAUAAAGACGUUUACGAAAAGAAAAAACUAAUUUUCGGUGUUACUCAUUUUGAAACUUUGAGAACAUUACAUGGCAUUGCCGGCGUACUGUGUGAACAAAAGAAAUAUUCUAAAGCUUUGAAAGUAUAUCAAGAUGUUUUAGAUAUGCAAAAAGUCGUUUUGGGACCAAAUCAUUUUGAUACUCUAAAUACUCAAUAUAAUAUUGCAAAUGUACUUUUUGAUCAAGGCAAAUUGAUUGGUGCACUAAAAGCUUACAAAGAAAGUUUUGAUCAAAUAAAAGCGUUUGAACCAACUCCUAGAGUUUUGAAUAGUUUAAAACAGAUAAAAAUAAUUAAGUUGAUAUUUAAACUUGAGGCCAACGACAUAUCAGAAAUGUUGCAGCAUCUGCAAAAAGACAUUAACAUUGCUGCUAGUAAUGGUGAUGUACAAACUGUGCAACGUCUAUUAAAAAGUGGAGCUAGUGCCAAUGAUAAAGACAUUGAUGGAAGAACACCACUACAUUACGCUGUUAGCAAUAGACAGAUAGGUGUUGUGAACGUCUUAUUAAAAAAUGAGGCUGAUAUUACUCAAGGUACUAAUAAACGUAAUACACCAUUACACAUAGCUACUUCUAAAGGUUACAAAGAAAUUGUCGAAGUUUUGUUAGAAUAUGUGAGUCGUGAUAAAUUAAAUGAGUUUAUUAAUGCUAAAACCGCUGCUAGCGGCAGUACGUCACUUCACGUUGCAGCCAGUAAUGGGUACUUAGAGAUUGUCAAAUCUUUAAUGAAGCAUGGUGCAAUCUAUAACAUUAAGAAUAAGGAAGGUAAGACACCUCUUAAUCUUUCCAAAAACCAGAGUGUUAUUGAUUUACUGCAACUGGUUGAAGAGUUAUUUAAAGAUGCAAAAAAGGGUAAUAUUGAAAUUAUUAGCAAGUUAAAAGCAGUAAACCCAGAUGAGUUUGUAGCUGCAAUGUAUACUCGUAAUGAUCAAGGGAAUACGCUGUUACAAGUUACUAUAUCUAAUAAACACAUGAAUAUUACGAGUGAAAUGUUAAAAAUGCUAAAACUGUCAAAUCAAAAUUUAUAAAAUAUUAAUAUAGAAGACGGAGUCAAAGAUUUAAAAAUUUAAACAACGUGGAAGUAUAUUUAUAGAGCCUAAGUUAAUACCAUAUUUAUAAAUUAAUAUUAACAGUAACUAUGAAUUAGAAAAAUAGUAUCAACUUCUCUUUUUGUAUAAAUUUCCAAUAUGUUAAACUAAAACUGAAUCAUUUCUUAAAACAUUUCAGUACAUAUCACUUACUCUGAAAUUCUUAUUAUGUUUUCUUCUUCAUAUGUUUGUAGAAAGGUCUAGUCAUCUAGAUAGGAGCUAGAUCCUAAUGAUAAUUAAUUAGUAAUAUGACUAGGGUUGUUACUUGGACUAGUGACUGGAAAAUAAAAUUUAAAAUGUGCGUAAGUGUAAGGUAAUUUUUAGUGUUUGGACUAUCUGUAAAAAAGUAAAGACCAUAUUUGCAAAUAUUUUUAAAGGCCAGAAUUUUUAUAGAGCUUGAUUUUUUUAUAUCUAGUUUUAUAUAGCUAUUUUUAUAAUUGCUGUUAUUUUUAUAAUAUAUUUAUGAAAGUUUGAAUAUCAUGUAUUUGACCUAAGUUAUCUUUAUGUAUUAUUACUGACAAUUUAUUGUUGGAAGACAAAUAGAAUUUUUUUAUUUUGUUAAAAACAUCAAAUAAAAAUGUUGAAUAUUUAGGAGUAUAUGAGUUAUUAUUUAUUAAUCUGUGAUUUUUUAUGAAAUAAAAAAAGAUAUACUUAAAUGUAAAUUAAUUUGUAGUAAUUAGUUAAUGUUUAAUUAAAAUACGUACAAAUUACCGAUCAUUCCCAUAAAAUAAAUUGUCUGUAUGGUUAUAAAUAUAAGCAAGGAGUAUUUUACCAAAGUAAAUAUAUUAAAAAAUGUAUUUAGAUAAAUUUUUAUUUUAGGUUUAUUAAUUUAAAAUAUUUUAUUUAUAUUCAAAAGAUCAUUAUUGAUAAAGCAAUUGUGUUCUACUUGAGAAAAUAUUAAGGUUUAUUAGGAUCGAAAGUCACCAACUUUCACUCCAAUAGAUCAUACAAUAGAUCUAGUAGGUCAAUUUAAUAGAUUAUACAUAGUUCGUAGUUUAGAUGAAAAAUGUUCGUUUAAACAUCAUGUAGACAACGUAUAUAUAUAAUUAUAUUAUUAAACAUAUUUAUAUAUA